GAUUAGUCUGCGAGCGCCGUUUACAAGUACAUAGUACGAGAAUUUUUGGGUGUGCGUUACAAGUUUUUUUGGCUGCCAAGCAAAAUCAAAGUGAAACGCAAGUUGAAGUGACCCCCAAAAAGCUGCAAGAACUACAACAAAAAACAAAAUCAAACCCAGAAAAGGAUAUUAAAAAUUAAAUAAACGUGCUCAGUGUCAAACGGCAGCAGACAAAGACUUGGAAAGAAUAAAAUAAUAAUAAUCAAUUCAGUGAAAGUAAUUUCAACACACACACUAAGACAGUUCCGAUAUGGGUUCCCUGCCACAGUUGUCGAUCGUGAAGGGUCAGCAGCAGGAUUUUGUGCCGAGAGCGCUGCACCGCAUCUUUGAGGAGCAGCAGCUGCGGCACGCCGACAAGGUGGCGCUGAUCUAUCAGCCCGAUACGCCCGGCAUGGGACGGGCUCCCAGCCAGAGCAGCUAUCGCCAGAUGAACGAGCGGGCCAAUCGGGCAGCCCGUCUGCUGGUGGCGGAGACCCACGGGCGGUUCCUGCAGCCCAACAGCGACGGCGACUUCAUUGUGGCCGUGUGCAUGCAGCCAUCGGAGGAGCUGAUCACCACGCUGCUGGCUAUUUGGAAGGCGGGUGGCGCCUACCUGCCCAUCGAUCCCAGCUUCCCGGCCAACCGCAUUCACCACAUCCUGCUGGAGGCUCGUCCCACGCUGGUGGUGCGCGACGAUGAUGUGGACGCUGGCCGCUUCCAGGGCACACCCUCGCUGUCCGUGACGGAGCUCUAUGCCAAGUCGCUGCCCCUGAGCGGAUCCAAUCUGCUCUCUGAGGAGAUGCUGCGCGGUGGCAACGACCACAUCGCCAUUGUGCUCUACACCUCGGGGAGCACAGGUGUGCCCAAGGGCGUGCGCUUGCCACACGAGAACAUCCUGAACCGCCUGCAGUGGCAGUGGGCCACGUUCCCGUACACGGCCAGCGAGGUGGUCAGCGUGUUCAAGACGGCUCUCACCUUUGUGGACUCCAUUGCCGAGCUGUGGGGCCCGCUGAUGUGUGGACUGGCCAUUCUGGUUGUGCCCAAGGCCGUCACCAAGGAUCCGCAGCGGCUGGUGGCCCUGCUGGAGCGGUACAAGAUCAGGCGUCUGGUGCUGGUGCCCACGCUGCUGCGAUCGCUGCUCAUGUACCUGAAGAUGGAGGGCGGCGGUGCAGCCCAGAAACUGCUCUACAACCUCCAGAUUUGGGUGUGCUCCGGCGAGCCGCUGUCCGUGGCGCUGGCCAGCAGCUUCUUUGACUACUUCGACGAGGGUGUGCAUCGGCUGUACAACUUUUACGGCUCCACCGAGGUCAUGGGCGACGUGACCUACUUCACCUGCGAAAGCAAGAAGCAGCUGAGCCUCUACGACAAUGUGCCCAUUGGCAUUCCCGUGUGCAACACGGUCAUCUAUCUGCUGGACGCCGACUACAGGCCCGUCAAGAAUGGAGAGAUUGGUGAAAUAUUCGCUUCGGGACUAAACCUUGCCGCUGGCUAUGUGAACGGUCGCGAUCCAGAGCGCUUCCUGGAGAACCCACUGGCUGUGGAGAAGAAAUAUGCUCGCCUCUAUCGCACCGGCGACUAUGGAGCUCUGAAGAACGGCAGCAUCAUGUACGAGGGCCGCACGGACUCGCAGGUCAAGAUUCGCGGCCAUCGCGUGGACCUCUCCGAGGUGGAGAAGAAUGUGGCCGAGCUGCCGCUGGUGGAGAAGGCGAUUGUCCUGUGCUACCAUGCCGGGCAUGUGGAUCAGGCCAUUCUGGCCUUUGUCAAGCUGCGCGACGAUGCGCCGCUCGUAACGGAGCUCCAGCUGGAGGCUCGCCUCAAGGACAAGCUGGCCGACUACAUGACCCCGCAGGUGGUCAUCAUGGACCACGUGCCGCUGCUGGUGAACGGCAAGGUGGAUCGCCAGGCGCUGCUCAAGUCCUACGAGACGGCCAACAACAAUGAGGGCGACUCCAGCAUUGUGCUGGACUUUGAUUACAGCCAAGUGCCGGAGGAGCUCAAGCUGACGGCGCGCGAUCUCUUCGAGACGGUGGGCGGAGUGAUUGGCCGCUCGACGCGUGCCACUUUGGCGCCACAGAGCAACUUCUACGAGCUGGGCGGCAACUCCCUGAACUCCAUUUUCACCGUGACGCUGCUGCGCGAGAAGGGCUACAACAUUGGCAUAUCCGAGUUCAUAGCGGCCAAGAAUCUGGGCGAGGUCAUUGAGAAAAUGGCAGCCAACCACGACUCCGUGCAGCUCGAAGAGGAAUCCCUUAAUGCCUGUCCGCAUCUGAAAAUGGAAGCGGUGGCCCUGCGCCUGGACCACCGUCAGGAGGUGAUCGACAUCAUUGUGGCCAGUUUCUACAACAAGGCAGACUUGGAGCAGUGGCUGAAGCCGGGCGUAUUGCGCAGCGACUACAGUGACAUUCUCAACGAUAUCUGGAACGAGUUGGUGGAGCGUGACCUGAGCUUUGUCGUGUACGAUCGCAACACAGAGCGCAUCAUUGGCACCGCCUUGAACUUUGAUGCCCGCAAUGAGCCCGAAGUGGACAUCAAGUCAAAGCUGCUCACUGUGUUUGAGUUCCUGGAGUUCUGUGAGGGUCCCAUACGCGAUAACUAUUUGCCAAAGGGCCUCAACCAAAUCCUGCACUCAUUCAUGAUGGGUACGGCCGAGAAGCUGAAUCCGCGCGAGAACAUUGCCUGCAUGCACUUCAUGGAGCACGAGGUGCUGCGCGUGGCACGGGAGAAGCAAUUCGCUGGCAUCUUCACCACCAACACCAGCCCACUGACCCAGCAGCUGGCCGAUGUGUAUCACUACAAGACGCUCCUCAAUUACCAGGUCAAUGAGUAUGUGCACUCCGAUGGCAGCCGACCCUUUGGGGAUGCGCCCGACGAUCAGCGCGCCAUUGUCCACUGGAAGGAGGUGGGCAGCAAGUAGCACGCCAUGGAAGGGCACAUGGAACCAGAACCAGAACCAGAAACAGAUCUGCAGCGAAUUUAACCCGCAACACGUAUUAUAUUUUCCUAGCCUAGGUUACCCUCUAGUAUUAGCUAUAGAAAUACUGCAGCAUAGUGUAACGUCGAAUGAAGUUCAUAAGUUUGUGUUGACUAGUUGUAAGCAUCCGAUAUCGGGACAAUUAAACCAAUAUAAAUCGCUAAUUGA